UGCCCACAAUCACGGUCGCCUCAACGCCGGCCGCGUCGUGCUCCAUUUUAAAACGCUUAAAUUCAUUAACAAAACUCGGUCGUGGAAAAUCGUAACCGUCGCGUCGUCCGGUUAUCGCGGCGUAUCUCUGCAAAGGUUCCGUUUCCGUCGGCCCGCGGGCCGCGAACUCGUUCAAGUGGAAUGGGAGAUUCGAAAUAUAGGCGCGAUUGAGAAAAAUAGUGUUGCGCGUCGCAAGGCCAAGCGGCGCGCUCAGUGCGGCGGGAGUCGCGCCGGCGACGUGCGCAGUGAGGGCGCUCCGGCACCUCCGACAUGAUGACCAUGGAUGUAGGCAUGUACGGCGAGCAGCAGGGCUGCGGCGAGUACUAUCCGCCGCCCUGCCAGUACGACUGCCACGAGGGUUACUACGAUCAGCAGCAGUACUACGAGCCCGCGCUGGCGGCGCCGCUCGAUACGCCGCCCGUCAUCAGCACUGAUGCAGGCCUAUGUUAUACCAACCUGGAUUACGGCGAGCUGCAGCACGCUUAUCCCGCGCCGCCGCACGCACCGCACGCGCCACACACUCCUCACACCCCACAUGCGCCCCACACACCCCACAUGCCUCUCGCGCACCGGGAGGAACACAAGCUGGACGGGCAUUACCUAGAAAGCAAGUAUAACAUGCACUUUGUGGAGGAGGGCGUGCAGUACAGUGCGCACGCCGGGUCGCCUCUGCCCUGCGGGGACUUCGACCCCUACCAGCCCAAGGAGGAGUUCCUGGGGCUGCGCGAGGGCUUCCCGCGCGACGCCGAGUUGCACGCGCUGGCGCCACACACGCACGCGCAGCAUGCCCAGCACUCGCAGCACGCACAGCACGCCGCACACGCCGUGCCCACAUACAAGUGGAUGCAGGUCAAGAGGAACGUACCAAAACCAACCGCUCCAAAACUGAUGAUACCGCCGACGGAGUUCACGAGCCAGGGUGUGCUGGGCAGCCCGCAGGAUGGUAUGCGGACCCCCACAGGCGGCCAGAUGAUGGCCAACCCCCUGCUUAGCCUCAACAACACCGGCCGCACCAACUUCACCAACAAACAGCUGACAGAGCUAGAGAAAGAGUUUCACUUCAAUAAGUACCUCACGAGAGCGAGAAGGAUAGAGAUAGCCUCCGCGCUGCAGCUGAACGAGACGCAAGUAAAAAUAUGGUUCCAGAACAGACGGAUGAAGCAGAAGAAGAGGAUCAAAGAGGGACUUAUCGUGGCCCCUGAGGCAGGCCCCGCGACUACGCAGCCCACUGCGCACAACCCUCUCGGCUCCAGUGAGAACAGUCGGGAAUCAAGUUAAAGUUAAUUUAAAUGUAAUCGUAAAUGAUUUAAAGACUAUUGAUAUAAAAGUUUAUAUAAAUAGUGGAGUUCCUUCUUUUACUUCUUUUCGAAGUGAAAUGUAAUAUUGAACGAGCAAGGAAUACAAACAAAAAACACAGAUUUUAAAAUGUGUCAAAGUAAUUUGUAUAUAAUUGAUUGAUGUAAUUAUUUAUAGCUCAAAUAAUAAUAAGUAAUCCAAAUAAAUUGUUUCUUAAGCAAGAUCGUAACGUGGUUACUUGAACAUUGCAUUGUAGCUACAAAUUACGUUACAUUAAAAAGGUAUUAUUGUCUCACAUAAUAAGUAAAGAGUUAAUUGGCUUUUAAUGAAGAAUUCAAAGAUUUUUCUUUUUAAGGCCUUUUUAAUUCGUCUCUCUUCUCUUCUUAAAACACUGAUCUCUCAAUGGAUAGGUCAUUACCUGAUGAUGUUACUGACAGGUAACAUAUCUAAAAUUAGUUAUUCCACCAGUCGCUACUUUCAACGUCAAUAUGGCGAAAAUCAAAGUAGCACAAAAUAACACGGCUCAUAACCUGUCCAUGUAUAGAAGUCAAUGUUUAAAAAAAAACCGAUUGUCAUACUGACACCUUGUCAACUUUACCUUUGUAUCAACUUUAUUUUGCCGCCAUUUUAUUUUGUUGCUUUUUACUGGAAUAGCUGGUGUUAACAAUCAACACAUAUCAAUUUAAAAAUUUGCAUUCAGAUAACUCUCAACAAUUAUUAUUAAUUUAUAUCUGUUUAAUAUAUUAUAAGCUUCUUAUUGAACAUUAUUUUAGAUAAAAGCUGUAGUUUAAAACGAUGAGAUUACGUAGCUAGCUAUUGUGUAGGAAGUUAUGCUAAAAAAUGUGUAAGAGCAAAGAAUACACAGACCCUUACGAUUUUACUAAGUGAUUUUUGGGAAAUAAAUUCGUAGGUUAGGUUCUGUGUCAUAUCUUUGUGAUUUCAUUUCUGCAAACAAUAUUAUUUAUAUUUUGGGUUUCGUUGUGUUUUGUUUUGAAUAAAUAAGUUUGCGAUAUUGCUUUUUUUACGUAUUUAAUUUUGUACAAUCUUUUAAUUUAAACCAAAGCUGAUAUAUGUUGUAUUUAUUGUGUGCCCACUGCUGGGCUCAGGUGUGGGCCGGGCGUGGGCGGUGGCAUUGACCACUGUGUACAUAUAGCUUGGCGUGGUAAGCGAAUGUGUGUACAUUUUUUUAUCGUUAGGAACUUUACUUAUUCAAUAAAAUA